AGAGAGAGCGAGCGAGCAAGUGCGCUGAGCGUGAGCACAUUCUGGCGUACUAGCAGUUCAUCCUUUACGUUGCUGUACUCGCUCAAACUCCGCUCACGAAAGAGCAUAAACUUCACGUAGUAAAAUUCAGCUGGACGUUGCGUUCCUAAACAUGAGGAACAAACGGUACAUCUGACACCGACCCUGAGCAGCAGUUUGAAUCAGGGAGAAGAGAGAGGAGGAGAUCGUAUCUCCACUCUGCGGAUGAUUUGUUUGCAUUGUGCAUUUCUUUCCUCCAUUGCAGAUGUGACGAAUGGAAUGAGCUGCUUUUACACAUUGGUGGUUUCACUGCAGCAUGGGAACUGCCGUGUCCAAGAAGAAGAAUUUAAGGAAUGAUGCGAUUUCUUCUGUUGCCGCAAAAGUUAGAGCAGCUCGAGCAUUUGGAGAGUACCUUUCUCACACGCACCCCGAGAACCGCAACGGAUCAGAUCAUUUGCUUUCUGACACAUUCAUUGGUCAAGACACAGACUCGCCAGACAUCAGCCGACUGAACAACAACAACAGCCUCCAGCCAUACUCCCAACACACUCUCGUAGUCAAGCCCAGUCAAGAAGAGGUUCAGCCAGGCAGCCAGUCUGCGCCCCUUCCUACCAGUUCCAAGCGUCGUCUCUCCGUAGAACGCAGCCUUUCUUCUGAGGACCAGCAUCAUCAAAAGUGUGCAGAGAGCUCUUUGAAGCCAGCACGCGUCUACACCAUUACUAGGGAGCGAGAUAUGCUUGGGGGCCAGGGAAGUAAGGAAAGCCUGGAGCUAGAGGUACUGAAAAGGACCACUGACCCACCCAGAAACAACGCUCCCUCCAGUUUACGUGGCAGCCAUCAUCGAGGAAGCCACCAUCGUGGAAACAACGGCCCCACCCACCAGCAUCACUACAGCCAUGCCACUACACCUCUGCAGAGCUCAGGGAGCGCCCAUAACAUCCGGGACUGGGGGUCGAGGCGGAGCAGGUCAAGGGAGGACUGCACGCCGGAUUGUGUGGCCUGCAUUCGGCCACAUUGCCAGAGCCAGCGCUCUCUAGAUCUUGAUACGUCACCCCACAGUGGUGGCAAACAGCACAAGAAGCUGGAGAGGAUGUACAGUGAGGACCGUGUGUCCUCUGAAGAUCGAGAGGAUCACGCAAACAGCUGGUUCCCUAAAGAGAACAUGUUCAGCUUUCAGACUGCGACCACCACCAUGCAAGCGGCGUUCCGUGGAAUUGCAGAGAGAAAGAGGAGGAAAAGAGAGCAAGAGGCCACCGCAUUGAUGGAGAGAAACUUCCGGAAACAUCUGAGGAUGGUGGGCAGCAGGAGGGUAAAGGCCCAGACAUUUGCUGAUCGCAAAGCGAAGAGUUUCAGCCGGUCCUGGAGUGACCCCACACCCGUCAAGCCUGACUCUCUCCAUGACUCCAGAGACAGUGGAGACCUCCAGGCGUCGUCUGGCAAUCUGGAUGAAGAAGACUGUGAUGAUGUCGACUGGGAGGAAGAGGAGUCGGAAAGAGCAGCCUGUGAGGGCGAUGACUUCAUCCCACCUAAAAUCAUGCUAAUUUCAUCAAAAGUACCAAAGGCCGAGUACGUUCCCAACAUCAUCCGUCGGGACGACCCCUCCAUAAUCCCCAUUCUCUAUGAUCAUGAACAUGCCACCUUUGAUGAUAUACUAGAGGAGAUUGAAAAGAAACUCACCGCCUACAGAAAAGGCUGCAAAAUCUGGAACAUGCUCAUCUUCUGUCAGGGAGGUCCAGGUCAUCUCUACCUACUGAAGAAUAAAGUGGCCACAUUUGCUAAAGUAGAGAAGGAGGAGGACAUGAUACAGUUCUGGAAGAGACUCAGCAGAUUCAUGAGUUUAUUAAAUCCAGAGCCUAACCUCAUUCACGUUAUGGGCUGCUAUGUGCUCGGCAAUGCUAACGGAGAAAAGCUUUUUCAAAACCUCAAGAGACUGAUGAAACCUCAUGCCAUUGAGUUUAAGUCUCCACUGGAACUGUCAGCUCAGGGUAAGGAGAUGAUCGAGAUGUACUUCGAUUUCCGCCUCUACCGCUUGUGGAAGAGCCGCCAGCACUCCAAACUUCUCGACUACGAUGAUCUUCUGUGACAUUGUGUCGUUGGUUUCAGCAGCCCAAGAGGCAGGUAGCUUUCUUUAGGGCCCACGCGGCAACGUUCCCUCCAGAGAGAGCCUGGGCAGAAAAGCCCUGAGGUGGAAGGAGGAAGAUGGGAGUUGAGGAUGAGGAUGGCUGACAUUGAGAAGACGUUCCAAUUCUCUGCCCUCAGAUUGGGCGAAGCAGCCAUUACUGUUAGGUGCUGUGUGUUCACCCCAUCCAUUUGAGCUUUCAGCCUGAAAGAGAAACAUUCGGUAGAUAUCGGCAGGGCUUAGUCUUUUAGCCUGCGAGAGGUUUAGAAAAUAAUGUUCAGUUUCUUUGAGAACUGAAGAAGCUGUAUUAAGAAGGAGGAAAAAUAAGAACAGAUGUUUUUUAGUAUUUUCGAGUAGCUGUUUUUGUGGUUAACUAGCAGGGACAGUGAAACAAGGCCAUUUAACAGUGAAAAAAGCCUUGAGGUUAAUAUAUUAAUGUUCAUUAUCUACAAAUGCAGGAUAAACUGUGGAACUACAUAUCUGUUGUAUGUACAUAUUCACUCUAACUCUAUAAAAUAACUACUGUAAUUAACUUUCAGCAUAAUAUUGCACUGUUUUAGUUGUUAAGUAUGGUGUUUUUUUUGUUUAGGAUUCAUUAGAGGGAAUAAAACUCAGGUUUCAUUCAUUUAACUGACCUCCCUCUGUACUGUACCAUCUUUAGAUAGAGAGAGAAGAGGAAGGCAAAAAACUUUUUUCAGCUGAAAGUCAUUCAGUCUGAAUGAUUGAGUUACCCCUCUGCAUCAGGAGAUUUGUGUGUUUAGAUGUUUUAGAUUUCUAUAGACUCAUGUACUGUACGUGUAACAUUAAGGCAUGUGUAGACGGAGCUCAUUUUAGAUCGGCAGAUCGUCUUUUAGCUUUUCGAAAUUUUCUAGCAUCUUAAAAGAUUGAUACAUUUUGACAGUAAUAUAGACAACGCUAUUCAGCUAGUGAAUUUGCGCUCAGAUCGUGUCAUAUUUGUGUAUUUUCUCUGUCUGUUUGUUUGUCAUAUGCGUCUGUGAGUAUUUGACGUGAUGUCAAACUCUGUUUUGUGGUGUUUUCUUUGUAAGUACAGGAAAACUGAUCAUUUUCCAUUUCUGAUAAGUCAAAGUGCAAUUGUAUCUGCAAUAUUUCUCUUUUCACUAGUAAGUGGUACUGAAUGUUACUGUGAUCCUGUUUUGAAUAUCAAGAUUAGUUUUUUCAUAGUAUACAGGAUAGUACAUUUAGCCUUUAAAGUGGUUCUCUGUGGAGGAAAAUGUUCUCAAAUCACUCUCGUCAGUGCGUGGGUGUGUUUUUUGGACGCGCCAAACAGAUAAAACAGUAGAUAGUUGUAAUCUUUAAUCAUUACGAGUGGAUGUUCAAGUGCAAAACAGCAGCAGCUGGUGCAAUAGACAGUCCAAAGCAUUUCAUAAAGAGCUGCCAGAUUGAAAAAGUGCAAUGUGGUUAGUCUUUCUGGGGUAAUAAUAUGAAGAUGAGAAUGUGUUGCAAUAUUCGGUGGAAAAAGAUAUAUAAUAUUGCUAUAUUUAGAGCAUAAAACGGUAGUUUAAAAUCGCAGUUGUGGAGACUAUGUGCAGAAAUACAUGUAUAUCCAUAUCUGUGUUUGUGAGUGUGUUUUAGCUUAGAGAUACAGACGGGGCACUGAGAUGUGAAGGAUGCAUCUGUGUUUGCCUUGUGUUGAUCCAUCACAUCUCUUUUCAUCUCUGACCACUCAUGCAGACGCCUCGAAAAUCAAAUAAAGCACAAAAUCUAUGUAUCUGUAGGGCCAUCGGGGAACGGAGUGUGUUCUGAUUAGAUCAAAUCAAAACAGCCCGACCGCUUCUUUACUGUUCAGACGAUCGCAUGUCUUGAUACGGCUUUGUAUUUUGCUAUCCAAGAUCAUUUAAUCUCACGUAAUCAUGUUUCUACCAAAGUCAUUGUAUGCUAUAAUGCUUGAUUGUAAAAAGCUAGCUAAGAAUAUAUAUGAUCUAUGGGUGUAAUAGAACAUAGAACAUUUGAUUUCUUGUGUGUUGAGCCACUGCCACAUGAGAACCAUAAGGACUCAGCAAGAGCUCUUGAGGAUCAUGGAGCCAUCUGGAUUGGCAGAAAGGUCUUUGACGCGUCAGGUGUGAAACGUGAUGUGCGAAGACCCCUUACUUUUGCAAUAAGAUGUUUAGUGUAUGCCGUAUGGCCUUGCAUCAGAAAGUCAUGUAUUCAUUGUUAUGCAUCACGUUAGGCAGGUUUUAGGAAAUGAAAGGAGAGUUGGUGGAAGCAUGCAUGGUGUCUCAUUUCCUAAUUCACUAAUUCAAACUAUUUUCCGUAGCAAUAGACAUUGUAACACAAGCUGUAUUGUUUCUAGGACACGCUGUACUGCUUCUAAAAGCUGUUGUUUGAAUAUCUUUGUGUGCUGUUUAUGCUUCCAACAGCAUCCGUUUUAUUUUUACCACGGCCACUGGCUUUGCAGCACAAUGGAGAGAAACAUAUGCGAUAUCAUUGAGCUUCGGGCAAUAAUACUUGAAGGCUUCAAGCAGUUUCUCUCUCUGCUGCACGAAUUAUUUAUGAUCUCGAUAUGAAGCAAUUAAACGAAAUGAUUAUUGUGAUGCUAAUUCAGACAUUAAUAAUUCGUAAACUUUGAAAUUGACAAGGCACUGAGAUGCAUGAAAACACAAGAUUACAACCUGAAAGCCUGAUAUGUUGAUAUUAAAGAGGACAUUGGAUGCUCAUUUUCAACAAGUAUGAUUCUUUAUGUUCUUCAUGAAAUGGUCAUGUAAAACAGCCCUUUUUACCCUGUUAAAAACAGCUCUGUUCACAUCGAACCAUUUCGGUGUGUGUCACUUUAAAUGAUAAUGAGCUACCCCACCCCUCUCUUUCAAUUUUAGUGUAUUUUAUAUUAUUUAUUGUUACUUUCUAGCCGCAGCUGUAUCCCUUUUAGCCACAACUGCAUACAACUGGCUGAGGGUGGAAAUAUGAUAAUAUAGGACAGUCCAUCAGUGGUUGUAGGCAGGGCUUGGGCAAUAUCAGAAAAUCAAAAUGGCUUGAAAAUUGAGACUGUUACGGUUUUUAAGGAUUAAAAAGUGCGUUUUGCAUCCAAUGUCCUCUUUAAAGAGAAAUGGUUCUGGUGUUGUUUUGAUGUUUUACCUGCUUGUAGACAGAAAAUGCCUCCAGGUGCCUGAUUUCAACCUGUAGGGCAAAAUAUGAAGAAUAUUACACGAAGAUAUCUUUUUUUAAUGUCGGGACUGUUUCGCUGCUUCAACUGUAAUAUUUUUCAGCUUUUUAAAGCAAAAUAUUUUAGUUACAUCAUCAGUUAUAUUAUUCUUGUCCUGUGUCUCUAAGGUGGCGUCCUGCUGUUUGACAUGGAGUGGUUGAUUAGAUGAAUGCUGAAUGAUUGAUAGCAUCAUGAUUGCGCCAUUAGACUCUUUGGUUCAUGGUGUUUUUAAGAGAAAUAUGUUUUUGUGUCUUUUAAUUUCUGCGAAGCCUAACGGGUGAAUCUAAUCACUUUUAAGCAUUGUCAGUAGCAAUGAUAAUACUUUAAAUAGCCUAUAUUAUAAUACCUAGAAAGUCUUGAAGAGUGAUGACAGUAAACAUGUAUGGUUUUCUUAGUCUGGCUACAUUGCCAAAUAUGACAUUAUAGUGAUUAGUUCAGUUAAAUGGUCAAUAUUUCUUAAGCAAAUUAGCUCAUCUUGUCAAUUUGCUACUUUAAAGACCGAGCGUAAGCUCAUAGUUUCUAUCUCUUUAGCUCAGUGUUCACAGUAUUUACUAUGAGACGUUGUAUUCAGGAAGGUAGUUUGCUGUACAACUGUUUGUUUUUCAUUGUACAACCUCUUCACAGCAAUGAACACUGGAAAUGUUUCCUAACCUGUUUUACAGUAAAAUGUACCCAGUUUUAA